CCCCAGCUUAGCAGCAGUAACGCCAUUUUGCAAGGCUGUACUUAAGAUGACUGGUUCAGGGAAAGGUUAGAACACUGAGUACACAGCGGCUGCCAAACAAGAUGUGUUUGGUUGAAGGCCUGGCAACAGGAGGACUGCCGUUGAGCACCUGACAAUGAGAAAAGCCCCGGGAGAGGUCCCACACCCUGGUGGGGGGCCGAGUCAGCCGUUAUGUUCCAAGAAGGUAGCUAAGAAACUUGCCCCCAGGCUGAACCCUUGGGGGGCCGAGUCAGUUCUUAUGUUUCAGGAAGGUAGCUAGGAAACUUGCCCCCGGGCUAAACCCUUGCCAUAUUAGAAUCCACCAAUUAUAUCCCUGUAACCAUGCAUCUGCUUCUGUAUGCUUGCUUCUGCUCCCCAAAAUCCUAUAAAAGCCCAUCCUUGGUUCUGUGGGGCGCGCCAGUCCCCCGAGUGACUGAAGCGCCCGCAGGUGCCUGUGCCUGUGUAUCCCGACAAUAAACCAAAUCCUCUUGCUGAUUGCAUCCUGUGGUGUCUCGGUCUGGUCUUUGGAGUUGGAGGGUCUCCAUCCUGAGGGAAAGUUCUCCCUGAGAGCUUUUCAUUUGGUGCGUUGGCCGGGAAAGGAGAUCCUCCACCCAGGGACUACCGACCACCCACUGGGAGGUAAGCCGGCCGGCGUCUGUCUGUCUGUCUGUCUGAUUUUGUCUUGUUCUGUCUUAUUCUGUCUGUUCUGUGAGCGCUCAACCGGGUCUGUUCUGUGAGCGCUCAGCCAGGUCUGUUCUGUGAGCGCUCAGCCAGGUCUGUUCUGUGAGCGCUCAGCCAGGUCUGUUCUGUGAGCGCUCAGCCAGGUUGUUUGGAAUUUGGGCGGGACGAAGAAGGAGCUGACGAGCUCGGACUUCUCGCCCCGCAGCCCUGGAAGACGUUCCAAGGGUGUUAGGGGCCCGACUUUUCGGGGCCCAAUCUGGGAGAGGAGAAAGAUCCGGACUAACGGCACCUCUGUCUGUAUUUUUGGCUUUCAGAGGGCCCCGGACCUUUGCCACCUCCAUCUGACUUUUUGCUUUCAGUUUGGUACCAAAGCCGUGCAGCACGCCUGUCUGUUGUUUGUUUGACUGUUGGUGUUGUUUGUUUUCUCUGUGUUCUAAUCUUCCUUAGAACUAACAUGGGACAGUCCCUAACAACGCCCCUAAGUCUCACUCUUGAUCAUUAGAAAGACGUCCACGACCGGGCACACAACCAGUCCGUCGAGGUUAAAAAAAAAAAAGGAAAAUGGCAGACUCUCUGCACAUCCGAGUGGCCCACUUUCGGAGCGGGAUGGCCAGUGAAUGGCACAUUUAAUAAGAUCAUUAUUUUACAGGUUAAAGAUCGGGCCGUCCACGGACAUCCUGACCAGGUUUCUUAUAUUAUCACUUGAGAGAGUCUCGCCUUAAACCCCCCCCGGGCGGAACCCUUCGUGGACCCGAAUUGGCCUCCCCUCAACCCCCAGCCUGCCCCCUCGGCCCCGCCCGGUCUGCCGGCCACGUCUUCCUCUCUCUACCUUUGUGAAAUCAGAGCCUUCUAAAAAAACCUGUCCUCCCGGCAGACCCAAACUCCCCUCUCAUAGAUCUUCUCUCUGACAGGCCCGGCUGAAACGGAGGAGGCAGAGCCGCCGGCCAGAUCAGUUGCCGGGCCACAGUCUGAUAAGGGUUUCUCCCCUGUCGCAGGGAGAUUGCGCAAUAAGCGCGAGGUGAUGCCAGAUUCAACCUCCCAGGCUUUCCCACUUAGACAGGGAACCGGUGGCCAGACCCAAUACUGGCCAUUUUCAGCAGCUGACAUUUACAAUUGGAAACAACACAACCCUUCUUUCUCCAAAGAUCCGGUGGCACUCACCGACCUAAUAGAAUCUGUUUUACUUACCCACCAGCCUACUUGGGAUGACUGCCAACAGCUCUUACAGGCCCUCUUAACCUCAGAAAAAAAAAAAACAAGGAGUGUUCCUAGAGGCCAGAAAACAUGUUCUGGGAGAUGAUGGGCGUCCCACCCAGCUGCCUGAGGACCAAACUGGGAUUUUAAUACAGCUGAAGCUUCAGGACAACUCAGCGACCGGACGGCCUGGGUACAAAGAGCUACUGGUGAGAAACAAUACCGAUGGACUACAGACCGCCGGGUUCAGCUGGCUACCGGUAAGGUGACCCAUUCCUUCUUACAUGUUCCGGACUGCCCGUACCCUCUGCUGGGCCGUGAUCUGCUCACCAAACUAAAAGCACAAAUUCAUUUUGAGGAAGGAGGGGCCCAAAUAACUGGCCCCCACGGAACUCCCCUUCAAGUUCUAACCCUACAACUAGAGGAUGAAUAUAGACUAUAUGAACCGAGACAGGACAAGCCACAAUCCCUAGAAAUAGACACUUGGGUCACGAAUUUUCCACUGGCUUGGGCAGAGACUGGUGGGAUGGGGUUGGCGCUCCAACAGCCCCCCUUAAUUAUAUAGUUAAAGGCCACUACAACUCCAGUCUCCAUAAAACAAUACCCCCUGUCAUAUGAAGCUUAUCAAGGUAUAAGGCCUCACAUUACGAGGCUUCUGGAUCAAGGCAUCCUAGUCCCCUGCCGGUCGCCUUGGAAUACGCCUCUUCUGCCUGUUAAGAAACCCGGCACUAGAGAUUAUAGGCCAGUACAAGACUUGAGAGAGGUCAACAAGAGGGUAAAAGAUAUUCAUCCGACUGUUCCAAACCCUUACAAUUUGCUCAGUAACUGUUCAUCGAUGAGAAACAGGGGUAUGCUAAAGGGUCCUAACACAAAGGUUGGGACCCUGGAAACGCCCUGUGGCCUACCUGUCUAAGAAAUUGGACCCUGUGGCCUCCGGCUGGCCACCGUGCCUAAGGAUGGUGGCUGCUAUUGCUGUCCUGAUCAAGGAUGCUGAAAAAUUGACUUUGGGACAGCCACUCACCAUCCUAACACCCCACGCAGUGGAGGCCUUGGUAAAGCAGCCCCCAGACCGCUGGCUCUCUAAUUCCCACAUGACCCACUACCAAGCCUUGUUACUGGAUGCAGAACAGGUUCAGUUUGGGCCCGUAGUCGCCCUCAAUCCUGCCACCUUGCUUCCUCUACCAGAGGAGACAAAACAGCAUGACUGCCUACAAAUCCUCGCAGAAGUACAUGGAACCAGGCUGGACCUAUCGGACCAGCCUCUUCAGAAUGCUGACCACACAUGGUACACGGAUGGCAACAGCUUCUUGGCAGAGGGAGGGCGAAAGGCUGGAGCUGCGGUCACUACGGAGGACAAAGUGAUUUGGGCGAAAGCCCUGCCUGCUGGUACCUCCGCACAACGGGCUGAACUCAUCGCCUUGACUCAGGCGCUCAAGAUGACAAAAGGUAAGAGGCUAAAUAUAUAUACAGACAGUCGUUAUGCCUUUGCCACGGCACACAUCCACGGGGAGAUCUACCAGAGGCGGGAGCUGCUCACAUCUAAAGAUAAAGAUAUUAAAAAUAAGGCUAAAAUUCUGGCCCUCUUAGAAGCCCUAUUCUUGCCCAAAAGACUGAGUAUUAUAUAUUGUCCAGGACACCAGAAAGGGCACAACCCAGAGGCACGAAGAAACCGGCUGGCCAAUGCCACGGCUCGAGAAGCGGCCAUGAACAAACAAAUCUUGCCCUUAAAUAGCCCAGACCAACCCACGCCCCCACCAGUGGGACAAACCAGUUGGGUUUAUGCCCAUGAGGACAUAGAGCUCCUAAAAAAAUGGGGGCCAUCUACCACCCUCAACUAAAACAGUGGGUCUACAAAGGAAAGACAGUUAUGCCAAUAAAAAUGACUUUUGAAUUGAUCUCCUUUUUACAUAAAUUAACCCAUUUGGGGUUUAAGAAGAUAAAAACCUUACUAGAUCGGGAAGAGAUAAAUCUGUGUUUUUUUAAAUCGGGACAAAGCGAUACAAAAGGUGACUGAGAGUUACAAAGCGUGCGCUCAGGUUAACCUGGGAAGGACCAUGAUUGGACAAGGAGUUCGUCCUAGGGGACACCGUCCCGACAUCCAUUGGGAAAUUGAUUUUACUGAAAUUAAACCAGGUAUAUAUACAAGUAUCUCCUAGUGUUUGUAGACACCUUCUCAGGAUGGGUCGAAGCCUUCCCCACAAAGCACGAGACUACAAAAAUGGUCACCAAGAAGCUCCUCGAGGAAAUCUUUCCCAGGUAUGGCAUGCCUCAAGCGUUGGGGUCGGACAACGGGCCCGCUUUCGUCUCCCAAGUAAGUCAGUUGGUGGCCAAAUUGCUGGGGAUUGAUUGGAAAUUACAUUGUGCCUAUAGACCCCAGAGUUCAGGUCAGGUAGAACGCAUGAAUAGAACAAUUAAGGAGACUUUAUCCAAACUUACGCUUGCAACUGGCUCAAAGGAUUGGGUGGCCCUCCUUCCCCUAGUUCUAUAUCGGGCCCGGAAUACCCCGGGCCCCCAUGGUCUAACUCCUUUUAAAAUAAUGUAUGGAACACCACCCCCAUUUGUCCAUUUCUUUGAUUCAAACAUUGCUGAUUUUGCUGACAGCCCUUCUCUGAGGGCCCAUUUACAGGCCCUACAGAUUGUGCAGAGAGACGUCUGGGGACCUUUGGCCGCUGCUUACCAGGACAAGCUUGAGCAUCCGGUGGUGCCACACCCGUUCCAGAUUGGAGACACCGUGUGGGUACACAGACACCAGACCAAGAAUCUCGAGCCACGGUGAAAAGGACCCUACACCGUCCUCCUGACUACCCCGACCGCCCUAAAGGUAGACGGAGUCGCGGCUUAGAUCCACGCACCACACGUCAAGGCAGUCUGGUCUGAGGAAUUGACUAAUCACAACACUACACCCCAGACAUGGAGAGUUCAGCACACUCCAAACCCCUUAAAGUUAAAACUCCUACGUGGCUCCUCCUAGCCCUUUUGUGGCCUAGAGUCAGUGAGGGAAUAAGCCCCCACCAGACAGAAAUUUCUUGACCAAGUCGAGUGAAAGAUUUCACUCAAAGUUAGCAAAAAAAUGGGGGAAUGAAAGACCCCAGCUUAGCAGCAGUAACGCCAUUUUGCAAGGCUGUACUUAAGAUGACUGGUUCAGGGAAAGGUUAGAACACUGAGUACACAGCGGCUGCCAAACAAGAUGUGUUUGGUUGAAGGCCUGGCAACAGGAGGACUGCCGUUGAGCACCUGACAAUGAGAAAAGCCCCGGGAGAGGUCCCACACCCUGGUGGGGGGCCGAGUCAGCCGUUAUGUUCCAAGAAGGUAGCUAAGAAACUUGCCCCCAGGCUGAACCCUUGGGGGGCCGAGUCAGUUCUUAUGUUUCAGGAAGGUAGCUAGGAAACUUGCCCCCGGGCUAAACCCUUGCCAUAUUAGAAUCCACCAAUUAUAUCCCUGUAACCAUGCAUCUGCUUCUGUAUGCUUGCUUCUGCUCCCCAAAAUCCUAUAAAAGCCCAUCCUUGGUUCCGUGGGGCGCGCCAGUCCCCCGAGUGACUGAAGCGCCCGCAGGUGCCUGUGCCUGUGUAUCCCGACAAUAAACCAAAUCCUCUUGCUGAUUGCA